AUGUACUUAAUAUAUAUAUGUAUUAUCAUUGUUCUUAUACCAAUCUCAACAAAUCAUGCUUUGCCAAAUCCAUCUUCAUUUUAUUUUGAUGAUGAUCAAUUAUUACCUAUUACUUAUUUGCAUAUGAAACGACAAGAAGUAUUUGAUCCAUAUGGUUUCAAUACAAUACUGACUCGAUUCAGUAAACGUAAUAAACUUGAUGAUACUUAUACAAAAGAAACAAAUGGUUCAUUUGAUUAA